UCUUCUGGCCGGACCCGACGCGGUCUUGCCCCGAACCUACGAACGCAGUGAUUUCGCUCAACGAUACAGCCAUCGGUUCUCGAAAACCGCCCCCCGGUGUACGAGUUCGAGUGCCCUUUCAGGAUCGUUCGCUGCCAGAGACGUAAUCGUCGCGGUGUACAGGUGUAAGACAUUAUAAUAAUCGAGUGCGCCUCGAUGUGAGGACGGUGCUUUCAUGAGGGAUUAACAAAGAGGUAUCACCGGAGCUGAGAGAGACAGCAGCGCCAACAUGCGUGAGAAAAGGUGGCUUCUACUCGCUCUGUACGGAAUCGUUUUGGCCAAUGCAGUUUCGGCUGCAGUCAAGGCUACUAGACCGAAAUUCAAGAUCGCGACAACCUCGACUACCACGUCCACAACCACCACCGAGGAGAGCCACGUCCACGAAAACGAGAACGAGGAUGCAGAGUCGACCGCGACUACGGUUGCCACCGAGACGAACGGGACGACCGGACACACCCUAACGGGAAUCCCCCAGAUCGACUACAUCUGGGACCCGAAUUUGCCCCGCGAAUUGAACGGCUACAAUCUCAGCGACUAUCCGUUUUACAACAGCAUACCGGAGGACAUCGACUUCAAAUGUGACGGCUUGCACGAUGGAUUCUACGCGAGCGUGCCUCACAAAUGUCAGGUGUAUCAUCAUUGCCUCUUCGGCACAAGGUACGACUUCCUCUGCGCGAAUUUCACGGCGUUCGAUCAAAAGACCUUCAUUUGUCACUUCGUCUCCGAAGUCGACUGCGCCAACUCGAAGAAGUAUUGGCACAGAAACGAUGCUCUCUACAAAGCAGCGACGACUUCAACGACGUCUACCUCGACGACCACGACGACGACGACAACGCCACCGCCGGUGGUAGCCGGCGCAGGACGAUCGAGGGACAGAGAUUCACCGAGAAGAAGAAGGCCGUUCAGAAGACGACCGGCGUACGACUACUACGACGAGGAGUAUUACGACGAUGAUUACACUCGUCCGCGCGGCUACAGUAGGGACGAUUACGACUACGACGACAGAAAGUACAGAAGGGACAGGGAUCGUGACUUCAGAGAUCGAGAUCGCGAUUUCCGAGACAGAGAUGCCCCGAGAGACGCCCCAAGGUCUAGGGACGGGGUUGUCAGAGACGACAGAGAUCGAGAUACCAGCGUUAGAGACAGAUUUCCGAGCAGAAACAAUAGAAGAGAUCCUAGCAGAACGAGAGACCCCGUAGAAGAAGACGCGAGACCCAGGCCAAGAGAUCCUGACCCAGGUUCAAGGUCUGCUUCCAGGGAAGUCGACGACACGGAGUUGGACGAUCGACGAGGCGAAUCUAGAGUCAGAGAUACGGACGAUCGCCGGUACUCUGACAAAAGAUACAGAGACGAGUACGAUGACAAGGAGUCUGUAUCCGCAUCUGCGAUCACGGAAGCAAAUGGGGAUGGUCUGGUGAAGCCUGCAGCGCCUAUAGCUUCGGUUUAUUCGAGACCAAGAGCCCCUCCGAAGAUUCGAAGACCGGUUCCGCUCUCCGAACAAGACAAAUACGCUUACAAAGCGACCGCUGUUCAGUCUACGGAAGAUCCUCGAAGGAGACCAACGGACGUCGCGGAAGACGAUUACUACGAAGACGAACUGGAGGAUUUUCGGCCAGUUCGUAGACCUAUGAGAAGAAGACCGUCGUACAGAGACAGAGAUUUCUACGACACCAGAGACAGGGAUAGGGACAGGGACAGAGAUCGACCCUUCAGACCCCGUUAUCGGGACGAGGAGGACGACCUGCGACCUAGAAAACACUCGGAUCGCUCGAGAGACCGCUACUACGAUCGAGACAGGGAUCGAGGCGCCGAUCGUGGAAGAGAUAGAUCCCUCGACCGUGGAAAAGAUCGUACCACGGACCGAACGGUGGAUCGUGAUCGCGGACGACCUCAAGACACCGAAAAGCAAGAGAGACCGUACUCGACUCGACUUCUGGACAGGGAAAGAGACGCGGAGCGUUCUAGAACGGGAUCCAGAGCGAAAGAUCUACAAGAGACCACGGAUUUACCGUCCAGGAGACCAAAUAGCUACGAAAGAACAACCAGCACGGCGACAACGACCACCACGUGUACGCCCGAACAACUGAUUCAGAAAAUAGAGUCGGACGUGAAGGAUCCCGCGAACGAUCGGCCCGAGAGACCCAGUCACACGGAAAGACCACCGAGACCAUUACAAAGUCCACCGACGCGGACCCCGAUCGAAGACGAAGAGUCUCAUCGAACCAAUCAGCAGCCGGAUUACCACGAGAGGGAUCAGGAAGAGAGACGCGAACACGGUCAGUACCACACUUCGUCUCUAGAGGAAUACUCGCAGGACUACUACGACGAACCGGAAGAUCCGCCUGCUCCGCCUCCGCGAACCGCGGUUCGCAUCGUCAAACGACCGUUCUUGCCAUCCAGAGGUGGGAAUCCCAAUCCGAGGGGUCUGUCGUCGGUCGGUUCGAAAGCAACCACUCCCAGAAGGGACGAAGACAGACCAACGGAGAGGACGACGGUUCAGGAAAGGCAAAAGAAUUACUACGAGAAUCCCCCGGAAUCCCAUCAAGAGUCGAAAGCGCAACAGGAAGAGAAAGAAACCUACGACGCUUACAAAACCGUUCAAGCUGAAACACAGCGCGAACACAGGCCGGAGGAAUACGACACGUCCAUAGCCAGGCCCGCGAUUCGACGACCGGUCGACCGUCAGCGGGAAGAGGAACCUCAGAAAGUUAUGGAAGACGCGUACGUCAGGGAAUCGAAGCACGGACAACAAGAAGAUCGACGGGAUUUUGACGAGGGGUUGGCUAAAUGGCCUUCCGAGGACUAUUCGAGCGAAGGAACGGCGCAAGCCUCGAGUUCUUCGCUUCGAAACAAAGGGAGACUGACCGCCAGCGAAAACCCGAACGUUUACGGAUCCACGUUUAAGACGGAGGAGAACCAGGAGCAUCCGUCCGGCCCGGGCAGCUUCAGAGUGAAACAAAAGAUCAACGAGGUAACGCAUCGGCUGCAGGACAUCCCGGAGAGCGAGUACGACGUCACUCUGAACGAUGCCUUGACGCCCACGUUGAAUCAAGAACCGAACCUGCCUAGCGGAUUCGUUCUGCCUCUUCACAGGCAAGUUGGACGGGACGCGAUCCUCCAAUCGUCCGAGAACAAUUACAAGGUCUCGAGACCGGUGAAUCAACAGCAACAGAAACCGUUCGUGCCUAGUCCACAAUUUUUGCCGACAUCCAACAACGACAGACUGAGGACCGUGUACUACAGAUCGUCUGACCCGAUUCAGAUAAGCGGGACGCAAUACCGACCGCAGAGGGGACCGUGGCACGAUUACACUGGUUAUUGAAACCGAUCACUAACGCGCGAGGUACAUUCAGAAUUUGAAAAUGCUUCGGGAUUUCACGGGAGUCGUGGACGAGUGAAAUUUACUCGCAUCGGCGUCGAGUCGAUUACAACGAUACCCGGAUAACUGAAACGAAAACGAGUCCUCGCGAGUUCAGUUAUCCGGGGAUUACUGUAUUCAGGGGAACGGUCGUUGCCUCCGACUUCCUUUCGGAACGGAGAAACGUUAUCGAACCCCUCGAUCGCGUCGAUCAGACUUUUCGAUGUCUUUCAUGCAGGCGAAAAAAGCGGAAACGAAUUCUUCAGUCUUCGGGUCCCUGAAAAUAAAACACUAAUACCUAAAUAAUCAAAUAACUAUCGUGACGCUGGCAAACAUCGAGCGUAACAACAAAAUCGAAGAGGGUACUUUAAAAGCAUCGAUAAAUGUUAAUUGCAUUUCGUAAGUUUCCAUCUUACAAAUAGAAUAAUUAAAUAAACUCGAAAGGCGUGAAUCUAGAAUAGUAUCUUCGACGAUAGUAUCCAUGUUCAACUUCUUUCUCCUAAUGGCGCGCAUCGGAAUCUACGUUUUACUAACCGGAUACGUUUCAAACUUUAAUUAUUUUAACGGUAAAUGAAAUUCGGGUCGAAGGUGCAAACCGUCCCGCGAUUGUUUCUAUUUUCGGCUAAGCUUGUAAAUAUGCACACGAUUAUGUCCAAUUUUACCAUGUUUCUUUUCGAAUUAAAUUAUUGUUCUAAGCACGAGAUACGUGUAUACAGUUUUUUACAAAUGUUCUUUCGUCGUCUCGAUUUUUUCUUUCGGCAGUAGUAGCAAAUAAGUCUUCUCGAGUAUACAUUUUACAUUGAAUGUAUUGUAAAUUAUAUCAAGCGUGACGUACGAUAUUAAAUAGUGAGAAAAUAUAGCUGAAUUUAUUUUUCAAUCCAUGUGAUUUUUAAACCGAUGUUUAACACUUUGAUUGCCACGCAAAUUAUUAUUAUGUUAAGAAAACCCCUUUGCGGAACCAUUAUUGUU